AUCUCCCCCAAUUGUAUCCUCCUCCACUUAAAUAUACUGUUCCUAUUCCCCUUUUGAUCUUCCUCCCCGUCUCCUCUCUUCCUCCUCUGAACCUUCAAUCAUCACAGAUUGGUCUCAACUUCCAUAUUUUCUGUCCAAGGCCCUGACAAAACUUUCCUGGGAUAAGGGUUUGCUUUACAUUUUCCCGGAAAGGGAGACAUUUUCCUGGCUGAUUGAUCAUAUUCCUCGAAGGGGCAUCUCCUGACCCUCCAUCUGUCCCUCCAACUAUCAAUUUGGCACAUGGGUUUUGCUUUUUAUGUGGCAAGAUUAUUGGAAGCAACAAGGAAGGUAAAGUGAAGGAAGAUUGUUAGGUAAUCGGCUCUGAUAUCGUUUGUUGGGUCUCUGAUUUUGAUCUAGUUCGGAUCGUCUACAAAGAUGAAGAUCCAGUGUGAUGUGUGUGAGAAGGCACCGGCGACUGUUAUCUGUUGCGCAGAUGAGGCAGCGCUCUGUGCAAAAUGUGACAUAGAAGUUCAUGCGGCAAACAAGCUUGCAAGCAAGCAUCAGAGGCUGCUGCUUCAGUGCCUAUCCGGCAAACUCCCUCCAUGUGAUAUAUGCCAAGAGAAAGCAGCUUUCAUUUUCUGUGUGGAAGAUAGAGCUCUGUUUUGCCGUGACUGUGAUGAGCCAAUCCAUGCUGCCGGCAGCCUAGCCGCCAGCCACCAGCGGUUUCUGGCCACCGGAAUCCGAGUUGCUCCCACUUCAAGCUGCACAAAGGACAGCGGCAAGAGCCGGCAAGAGCCACAGCCACCUAGCCAUACUGCUGCUGCAUCACAGGUCUCCAUUAAAAUGCCCUCAGACCGAGCUUCUAGCUUCACCCCGCCGUCAUGGGCCGUCGAUGACUUGCUGCAGUUCUCGGAUUUUGAAUCCUCUGAGAAGAAAGAACAACUGGGGCUCGGAGAGCUGGACUGGUUUGCAGAUAUAGGCCUCUUUGGCGAGCAGGUUCCCAGCGAGGCAUUAGCUCCGGCUGAAGUUCCUGAGCUACCGGCAUCACAGUUAAGCAACCCCGCCAAUAUUUACAGGUCCGGGAAAUGGGGGAGCAUCCCCAACAAGAAGCCCAGGAUGGAUGUGUCCCAUGAGGACGAAGAUGAGUAUUUCACUGUUCCAGACCUGGGCUGAAGCUUUGACAAACCAGAGAUCUAUUAUCAGAGGCAUCCUGGGAUGGAUACUCAUGGAUGCUGUGUUAUACGUGUGUUGUGAAUGCAUUGCACAUACCGAGCUAUUACCCUAUUCUGGAGCUAUUCAAUAUGGAUUUGAAGGAUGAUAUAGUGAAUCUUAAUCUCGUGCUGGGUCCUGUAGUUGUAGUUGUUUCAGUCUCUGAUGCUCCUUGCUUGUAUUGAGGGUAUAUGUUGGUAGAAUCUUGAGCUUCUUGUUUAUGUUUGACAACUAAACAUAUGUAAUACUCGAAAUUUAAAUUUUUUUGUGCACUGAAGUGUAAUUUUUAUUA